AUGGCCUCUGGAUACGGUCUUCACGGAGGCCCGUCGCGGUGCUUCCCCUUCUGGCAGGAGCUCCUCGGCUGCUACGUCGUCAACACCACCGGAGUCGAGGACCACUCCGGCAAGAAGAAGUGCGCCCUGGCCCUGGAGGAUUACUACGAAUGCCUGCACCACAAGAAGGAGGCUGCGAGAACGAGGGCACUUCAGUCGGCAUACCGAAAGGCCGAGUUGGCCAGCCCGCGAGACAAUGCCCCGAGUGCUGGUCAAAUACGGAACCUGGGACUUCUCGGCAAGGAGGAGGACACAAAGGUUGUCACGGGUAGUUGA